AUGUCGGCAAACAGUGAAGAGGUUUUUGAGCGGGAUGAAGACAUGUCGUCCUGGAGUUCGGCGUUCGCGCCGGUCAGUAAACCAGCAGAUUCUCCGAAGAGCAAGCGCAAGAAGCAUAAGAAGCGGAAGAAGGUGAAGAAGAGACACUCCACGACACAGGAGCGCAGGCGAUGUGACAAAGAAGAGACCAAGAAGCGAAAGAAGAAAGAGAGGAAGUCGGCAUCAGUCCCGGAAGAUGCCGACAAUCGGGCAGAGCAGUUGCCCUCCUCCAGCUACACCGCCCGAGACCCUCAGGAGCAGGAGGGUUCAGCCCACGAAGGGCUUCCCGCCAACUUGGGCAGGUGGGUCUUCCAUGCCUCUUGGGAACCGACAGAAGAAGGAGACCAGCCGGAAGCGCCUCCCAAACGCAGUCCGGGGAGAGCAGCUGCGAAGAUGCUGGUUCGCGCCGGCCUUCGCUGUAAAUGUCAUUUCGCUCUCGACUGCCCCUCUCGAGAAGGCAACAGGCACGGUCGCAGAGACGACUCCGACUCCUCUGACAGUGAGGAGAUGAUUCCGACGAUCUACGGGCUCAUGCCCAUGAGGCGAAAAGCUAAGAAGAACCGCAAGCACAAGAAGAGCAAAGAGUCCAAAAGAGACCGACGCACCAAGAAGAAGGCGUCGAAGAAGCGCGCACCCAAGGCAAAGAAGAGCUCGUACAGCUCUGAAUCCUCCUCGUCCUCGUCUUCGCCGGAACGCCGCCGCCACAAGCGCAAGGAGCGUGCGGAAGCCGCUCCCUCGAGCCACAAGGGGGAGUCUUACCACACACCGUCCUUUACGAAGGACCAUUCCUUUGGAAGUGGCAAAUGGGGCGGACAGAGCUCCGGGUGGAAGCAGCCAGGCUGGCACUCGAACAAACAAUGGCAAGCCAAGUCCUGGCAGCCCAGAGGCUCCGGCAAGCCCUGGAACACUUGGACGGCGCAUGAGAAGGGUUACCAGUGGAAGCUCCCCGAACAGGAAGAAGAAGCCGAAGAUAGGGAGGAAGCUUCCAUGCAGGAAGCACUCAUGAAGAGUGCAAUGGAGGAGGCGUGGUCCGACCGCACUCGGACUUUGUCCUACAGUGAACUCCCGGCGGAUCAGCGCGGCCCCCCCUACAAAGAAGUCAUGGAGAAUGUGGAAGCUGAUGACAUCGAGCGCAUGGCCGCGCGGAUCAAGGAGCACUCCCGCCUCCCGGAGGCAAUGAUCAACUAUGUGUCCCGGUUCCUGGCCUCCCUCCCCGACGGGACGCUGCCGCAAGAGUUGAAAUGGGCGCAGCAUUCAGGAUCGCAUUUCUCCGCCUCGAUCCUCGAACUGGAGCUUAAACCCGACAUCGCCGCGCCGGAGCAGCUCCAGAUCCCGGACCCCGUCCACUCGCAGAGUCUGACGGCCGCUCACGGCACGAAGUGGUCCUCGGCUCACGGCAUUUUGAGCCAAAAGAUCAUCCGCCCUCAAGCAGCUCAGACCGACCAGUACCCGCCAUACGGGUUCUUCGCCCGUGGCAGCUGCGAGCAGUACUCCUCGCACACGGCAAUGAAGGCCCUGGAAGGGGUUGCGAGGAAAGCAAAGGCCUCGGGAAGUGGCAUCGCAAUUUUGGUGUCCGCAAGGGCACACGCGGUCCAACUCUUGGAAGGAGGCGUGGGCAAGCUUCAUGCAGCUUGCAGAAGAGACUGGGCGGCGCGAUCCUCAUCGGACCAAAGUCUGUGCAUCAGGUCGGAGGGCGCGACCAUAAAGGCCGUGGCGUUCAUGUGGCCGCGGAAAGACAGUGAGGGAGCAUCCCAGAGAAACUGCCCACAGAAGGGCGAAACUGGACGGGCCGAGGAGCCCUUGCUAGAUCACGAGGUGGAGCUGCUCGAUUUGGAGCGGCUAGCAGAGUUGGAAGAUCCAGGUGAGUUGGAUCAGUGGCCAGAGCAGGAACGGCCCGAAGCAACAUUAGCGCUCACGCCAGCUGAGUCAGAGCUUUUCUCUGCAUCGGCCAGUGCCCGGCCCCAAAACCAGCAAAGUUCGCCGAGCGGCGUGCUUCAAGGGCGCGAGUACGAGCAGGCCCUGCAAGGCUGCUUGUUGAGGGCUGCUAAACGGCCAAGAAUAGUCAUGCCUUGGGAGACCCCCUUGAUGCGGGACAUUUUUGGAACCACUGAGCCCCCGGUCGUGGUGCCGCAAGCUCAGUUACAAACCACAGCCCCGCCUUCCGAGCCGGACCGAGACCCGGGCGAAGCCAUUGGCAAGAUACUUAUGCCACCCAGAGCGGGGGCGUCAUCCGCUUUGUCGGCAGUCAAGAACCGCCCCAACGUGAAUUUCCCCAAGAGUGAACAAGCUUCAAGACUGAAGGGAAUCUCUCUGUGGUGCGACGUCAUAGGGGUCGCUCCACAACACUUCGGCAUCACCAGGCACGUCCAGCUAUCGGACGAAGACAACGGCGGCCAAGUCGCCACCGAGCUUUUCACGUGUGUCGAUGCAGUGAUGGGGGUCAAAGCCCCAUCCACCAUCAACUCUAGAGGGAUGGUUGUGAAAAGGUACCUUUAUUGGUGCACGCAGAACGACAGGUUAGCAUGGCCGAUGAAGGAAGCAGUGUCGUUCGAUUAUGUCCACCACCUCAAGGCACUUGGUGCUCCAACCGCUCCGGCCUCAUUUCUGCAGGCGGUAAACUUCAUGAUCUACACGAUUGAACCCGAGGGAGCAACGGCCAUCAUUUCCAGCUUCCUGAUUCAGGGAGUGGCUAAGCAAGCCUCGAGCAAGAAGAGACCAUUGAAGCAGGCGCCGGCGCUUACCGUCGCCAUGGUACUGCGCUUGCACGCCAUCCUCAGGAACACAUCUGAAGGAGUUUUUGACCGGCUAGCUGCAGGACUCAUGCUCAUGUGCGUGUAUGGACGCUGCAGAUGCUCCGACCUCAGACACAUUGAGGAGAUAUGUCUGGACAUUACAGGGAGGCACGGCUUUAUCGAAGUCCGGACGGAACAUCACAAGACAGCCAACAGAGAAAAGAGAAGGCUCCUGCCCAUCGUAGCUCCAGCCUUUGGAGUCACAGACGAGAACUGGGCCGAGCAGUUCCUAACCUUACGGAAGCAAGUCCUCGGCGAAUUUGCGCCCGGGCCAUUCCUCCCCGCUCCUCUUUCUGACGACUCCUUCUCUGAGCGCAGCCUCGAGAGUGACGAAUUCACGUCGUUGCUGCGCUACCUACUAAGGCAGCUGGAUAACGUAGAAGAUCUCACGUCUCACAGUUGUAAGGAGACGGUGCUGGCAUGGAUGGCCCGCUUCGGGGCCGACAAACCCACCUUGGAAUUCCUAGGUCGGCACGUGGGGAGCAUUACGUCGAGCGACGUGUAUGCCAGGGGGAUGCAAUCCCGGCCUCUGCGAAAGCUCGCGAUGGCUCUAAACGCCAUACGGGCGGGUACAUUCCUGCCCGAUGAGACAAGAAGCGGUCUCUUCAGGUCCCGCCAGGACAGCCGGCCCAUCGAGACGGGCAUUAACUCCCGUGGGGAACCAUCAGAAACGACGUCUGCCUGGAAGGUAGUCUCGAACGAAGAAGAAAGGAGUCCUGCCUCUCCUGAUCGAGACCAGGAAACAGCAUCAUUGCCGUCGGCAGCACCAGCCCCGGUGUCGGAGGAGGAAGCCAACAGCGGUGCUGAGGUUCCAAAACCUCAAAUCAUGACCUCACUCCUGGACAGCGAAGCUCAGUUCCUGCAGCGCGCUGCUGAGCUUGGCAUACCGGAUGCGGCGGCACAGGCGUUCAAGAGGCACGGUUUGGCGACACUCAAUCGCUAUGGUUUUGCCCACGGUCAGCCGGGGCAGCCGAUCGACGAGACCCUAUUCAACACCUUUUUCGAAGGCAUCGCCGGGGUAGGGCAAUCGCUGAGAACAUUGUCAGCAGCCAGGAACCUUCUGUUUGAGGCCCACGUGUUUAUCAGCGCCAGCCUCAAGAACAGGGUUGAAGCGACGGCCGACACAGCAAAGCCGGUCCCGAGAGCGGAACGCAGCGCGAGGCUCGACAGCCUUCGUGCAAAGUACCCAGGUCUCGAAAUUUCCAAAGGUCUGGAGCCAGGGCACGCCAUGCUGGAUUCGGCCUCGCAUCAAGCUGAGUCCAAAAUACUCAAGUACAUGCCGCCCUCCAGGUGUGCAUCCAGAGAACAGGAAAUGAUGAGCAAUAAGUCAUCGGCCAAGCUCUUGGAAAUUGAGGGCUCACAGGUCAAGGUCAAGGAGAACGACAAAGGACUGUUCAUCGAGAACAAUACCGAGUUCCUGGUCUACCAGGCACUACGCAGGCGCGGCUUGGCAUAUGAGUUCGCGGAUCUCGUCACAUUCACCGUCCACCAGAAAUGGGUGGAUUGGCUGUUCGGAGAACUAUCCAAAGAGCAACCGGCCCGGUUCCAAAAAGUUCAGAUGUUCCAGAUCCUGCGAGCAGACAAGGCAGCCUGGCUUCACAUGGCUGACGUGGUAAAGGAUAUCAGACCGUCAGACGGCACUAGACCUAUCGACGCCGAGUUCGCCAGGUUGCCCACGGUACACUCGGUCGUGUUCGCACUCCUGCCCUUGCAGCAGUUCAGCCCAAAGGGAGGUGACCAGAAGGGCGACCGGGCCGGCAAGGGCAAGAAUGGCAAAGGUUGGAAGGGCAACAGGCCGUCUCCGUAUGACAUGCCGCAUCAAGACACGUGGUUUAGUCGCAAGGGAGGCAAGGACCGGAACUCCAAGGGCAAAAGCAAAGGGAAGGGCAAGGGCAAGCACCAGCAGGAUAACUAUGAGGCUCCUCGCAUGCCCAAGCUUUUGCUUGGCCUUCACUACAAGUGCCCCACGUCUGGGAGGCCCAUCUGCUUUGGGCACAACUUACCCGGGGGAUGCCCCGCGGGGAAGAACAACGAGUCCGAAUGCGACCGAGGGAAAGUUUUCCAGUCAUGCUUCGCCCUCGAGCUUUUCGCGGGCACCGCGGGCAUCACGGCCGCCAUGAAGAGUGUCGGCCUGUUGGACCUUUCACUUGAGGCCUCUCAACACCUUGUUUUCCAGAUUUUAAGUUCAGAUCAGCUAGUUUUUGUGUGGAUGGCGCCACCUUGUGGAACGUGUUCGCGGGCCAGGGAGAUCGCCAUGAGCACCUCUCGCUACGGACCAAGACCUCUCCGUUCGGAUGAUUUCCCAGACGGACUGCCGCAUCUACUUGAUCACGAAGCAGAACGUGUGAAGAAAGCAAACGAGCUGUACAAACUUGUGACUCAAGUGUGCAUUAGAUGCACGGACAAGCAACUCCCCUGGACGGUGGAGAACCCCUUCUCCUCCUUGUUCUGGCGAACCUCUUUCUGGACCGAGGCGCAAUCUCGGUGCAAUCCGAGAUAUGUGCAAUUUCAUUCGUGCAUGUAUGGAAGCGAUCGCAAGAAGAACACCGCUCUGGCCUUUUUCGGCAAAGUGCCUCUGGACAGACUCCAUGCUGAAUGUGACAACAGCCACGCUCACAAAUCAUGGGGAUGGUCCCAUGAGGACCAGACCUUCUCCACUUCUUUGGAGUCGGCGUACCCGGCCAAACUGUGCAAGCAAGUGGCUCAUGCUGUCAAGGAUGCCUGCGAGGCAGACAAUUUUGUCAUGGAACCUCUAGACAUGUUGCGGGCAUCGCAACUGCCGCUUGCGGCAGAGAAAGUCUCAAGAGCAAUGGCAUCCGAGGGUACCACGAAGUCCAAUCUACCCAACUUCGUUCCAGAAUACCGGGUGAUUCUCAAGGCAUUCAUUCCGAGAUCUUCCUGUACGUGGCGCAUCAAGGAUUUCAUCGAGCACCCUUUGAUCACCCCGCAGGUCACCAUUCCCGAAGGCUCCCGUCUGCUGGAAAUCUCUCCCAGAACAGAAGGGGAGAACUCCACGAUUCCAGCAGAAGCGGACACAAUCUGCACAUUUGGAGUGCCUUGGAGCCCCGGCGAGUUCCUGAAGGAAGCGGCGGGAAGAGGACACCCAGCCGACGCGAUCUCGACAGUGCCUGAACCACUGAAAAGAUCCAUUUGGGAACUUGCGGCUGACGAUCCAUCGGCGGUCGCUGAAAGGCGAGCGUCCUUCUUCCGCAAAUGGAUGUCGGUUGCUUCGGAGCUCUACGAAGAGGAAAAGGCCUUGAAGGACUCGAUGGACGAGGGAGUAAGGUCGGUAGUAAAGGACAAGAAGAUCCUGCUCUUCAAGGAGAUGGUGAACGCAUACGAGCUGAACGAUGCUGAAGCACACAAACUCUUGGAAGAAGGUGUUGACCUUACGGGCGAAAUUCCGAUGUCGAACGACCUGCCCAAGAGGUACACCCCGGCCACGAUCCAUGAGAGCGAGCUCGAAGCUCUUGCUCCGGUCAUCAAGGAUGCAGCGCUCUCAAGGGCUCUUGGAGCCGCGGAGGGCCUAUCCAAGGAAGUGUGGGAGAAGACCAUAACGGAAGUUUCGAGGGGAUGGCUCAAGGGACCCAUGGAGCCUGAUGAUGCCGAUGCGCCCUCGGUCGUGUCUAAUCGCUUUGGGGUUAAGCAGAGGGACAAGGUACGGUGCGUCGACGAUAUGUCGGCUAGUUUGAUAAACGCUACCACCUUCGCGGAGGAAAGGAUAUCUCUUCAUUCCGUAGAUGUCAUGGCUUCCGCUGUGGUUGAGUGGUGCGACGCCAGAGACGCCGCGCAGAGGCCUCGCGACUUGACCGCUAAGAGCUUCGAUCUUAAGUGGGCCUUCAAGCAGAUGGCAGUGUCGGCGAGCUCCAGAGACAGGGCGGGACUAGUCAUCAAGGACCCGUCUGGCUGCCCCAAGGUCUUUACAUCGCUGGCCCUGCCCUUCGGGGCCACUCAGAGUGUAUACGCCUUCAACAGGAUGAGCAGGGCACUGUGGACCCUAGGAGUCGUGGCCCUCAGUCUCAUGUGGACGGUUUUCUUUGACGACUUUUGCCUGUUUUCGGAGCCCGCCCUGGAGAAGAGCUCGGACCUGGCUGCAAGGUCCCUCUUCGAUAUCCUUGGAUGGGUGUAUGACACCUCUGGCGAGAAAAACACGGUCUUCGGUAGGACACUACACGCUCUAGGAGUCAGCGUCAACCUGAGACAUCUCACCAAGGGAUCGCUACUCAUCAGCAACACUGAGGCAAGAAUCAGUGAGCUCGUGAGCGAGCUCUCAAACAUUCUCGACAGGGGAAGAAUAUCGAGAUCCGAGGCCAGGCACAUGGCGGGGCGAAUGAGUUUCGCCGGAGGGCAAAUCUUCGGUCGACUCCCGAAGUCCUGUCUUAAAGUAUUCUACUCCGUUUUGGAACGGAACUCUACCGCAAUUGACGGAAGCAUCUCCGCAGCACUUCGGAUGUACAUUGACAUCGCUCAGUUCGCCCCAGCGAGGACGAUUCUCCUGGGUCAGAGGUUCUUCUCGUACUUCCCUAGCUCAGCUGAGCUUGCUGAGGUGGGAAUAGACCUAGAGUCUAAGUGCAUCUUCUUGCUCGAGUUGGCUGCAGUCUGCUUGGCGUUCAAGGCUUGGGGCGAGGCCCUCAGAGGAAUGAGAGUCGUAUGCUACUGUGAUAAUGAAGGCGCCAAAGCCUGCCUUAUGACUGGAGCAAGCGCUAACAGAGUCGCAAACGACUUGCUGAAGCAUCAAGCCGCAUAUGAGCUCAAGACGGGGACUGUACCCUGGAUCGCGAGAGUCCCGUCAAAAUCGAACAUCGCGGAUGAACCCUCGAGAGUUAGGAUCGAGGCUCUCACAGACUUUCCCGACGCAGUACGGUCCACGGUAAGCGUCGAUCUUAUAAAAGAUGGGGAAAGUUCUCUCCGCUUUCAGUGA